GCCAGUUUGUGGCUGUAUUUACAAACUGAGCCCGGGAGAUUUGGAAGUUUUGAAUGUCAAUCCAACUCAGUUUUUAUUUUAGUGAUAAAACCAAAGACCAGCAACAUUGGUGAUAAAAAUCGAAGAUGUUCUUCUCUACGGUAUCUUUAGAUAUCACUUAAUCAUGCAAAUAAACCUUCGCUGUGUCCUGUACUUUUUCUGAAACCAACCAGAACAAGCAGUAACAUGUUUAUGAUGGUCUUUGGUGUAUAUUCGAGCUGAGAAAACAGAAUGGAAAAACUCUCUGGUCUUUGGCUUGAGUUGCAAAAAAACAAUAAGUUACCGGGAGGGGGGUUGACGUCGUCGUGUCAGGAGGAGCUGCUGGAGCUGAUGAGGCAGCUGGACAUCAUGUUGACUGCGAAACGAAGAGACUGGGAACACGAGACCGCGGCCAUCAGGAGUCAGCUGGAGAUGAAGGACAAGGAGCUGAACAUCCAGACCACGACACUCGAACACAAGAACAGACAGUUUGAGGACAUGAGGACACAGUUGACUCAGGCGAGCCGGACCCGGGACGAGGUCGUUCAGCAGUACGAGGCGCAGGUCGUUCAACUCAGCACUGAGGUGCAGAGGAUGAAGCGGGAGUAUGAGAAGCUCCAGAAGAAACACUCCCGCCACACGAAGGAGGCGCACCGCCUCAAGGCGGAAACCACCACCGAGAUCGAGGGCGGCAGGACCGAGAUGAAACGACUGCGAGAAAAGAUGGAGGACUACCAUGCGAGGCUGCAGGACAGCGAGCAGCAGCGCAAGAUGCUGAAGAAACAGCUGGACACGGUGGAAGCCCAGAAGAGGGCGCUGGCAGAGAAGUGUGAAUUUGUACAGCAACAGUCUCAGACCUACCAAUCCCAGAUCGACCGGCGCAGACAGCUCCAAGACAACACCGAACUCAACCUGAAGACAACUAUCACCCAGCUGGAGGGUCAGGCAGAGAGACAGGCAGACACCGUCACCACACAGGAGGAGAAGAUUCGGAAGCUGAAGGCGUCGCUGAGUGAGGCCAUGAACGCUCACAAACGUGCAAUGAAUGACAAUGAGAGACUGCUGGAUGACCUGAAGAAAGCAAACACCAGUAUCAGACGAGUGGAGGGGGAGAAGCAGCAGAUGGAGCUGGAGGUUCAGUCCCGGGACGACCUGCUCCGCGCGGCCAAUGAGGACGCCCACCAGUACAGCCACGAUGUCUCAAUCCUGGAGCAGUCUCUGUCAGCCAAAGAUGACAUCAUCAAGAACCUUGGUGACAGUGCCAGACAGGAGGAGGCGGAGCAAGUGGUUCUCCUGCGUCACUCUCUCAACGAGGCGAAGGAGGAAUCUAGAUCUCACAAGCGAGCUCAGAAGAAGCUCCGAGAUGAGGUGACUGUCCUGGAGAGCAAGCUGGAGAACUCUGUCAAACUCCGAGACAGCAUUGCCCACAAGCUGGACGAGAAGGACUCGGAGCUGAUACAUCUGAAGUCGACCGAGCUCCACACACUGCAGGCACAAGUCCAGCAGCUGCAGGACAAGUUCAGCGUGGUGGAGGCCAGUCACGGGGCGGAGCUGGACGGGAUGAGGACAAAGCUAGCCCAACUCACCACCGACCUCCAUCAGCGGAACGCUUCCAUCGCCAACUUCACUGACAAGAUGUCGCGGUUGGAGCAGCAGGUCGUCAUGGAGAGGGACAUGUUGGAAGGCCGAGAGGCGGAGCUCAAGGUGGCCCAGGCCCACAUCGAGGCUCUGAGAGUGGAGAACCUUCACCUUCGCCAGGACUUCAUGGAGAAGCUGGGGACUGUGUGCGGCAGCCUGGACGCUGAGCAACAGCUGCAGUCAGUCAGCAGCGAGUACACGGCCGUGGUGGCCAGACUGGAGAGGGAGAAUCAGAGUCUUCAAGAGGAUGUGUCUCGCUUGAAGCAGGAAAUGUCAGUCAUGGAGACGUCGUUCCAGGAGACCGCCCACUCCAGGAGCCUGCCCUCCGGUCGCGAUAACAGUAAACACAAGCCGUCGAAGCACAAGCAGUCAGUGCAGGGAUACCUGGACAGCACGGCGCAGGGGUACGAGAGUCAGAUCCGACUGCUGCAGGCCCAGAAGCAUCGACUGGAGGAGGAGCUGGAUCUUGAGAGGAGGGAGAAUAGACGGAUGUCAAGAAGCCACUUCCAGAGUGAGCUGAACGGCAGCGCCGGCACCAUCCUCGACUCGGAGCCCAUGUCGCUCAUCCACACCCUCAACGACCUGGACUCCCCAGCGGAGUCCCUCGAGUGUGAUUUGGAGAGUUCUGCUGACGCAGCAGCUGAAUUGUUCCUGAGCCAAGAACAGGAACGAGCCAAAGAACUGGAACGACUGAUAGAUUCUCACAUCUCCGAGCUGCGUGCCGGCACAGAACUGACGCUCAGGAAAUACACACACAAAUGAACAGAAUGAAAAGUCAAACGUCUGUGUCAGCAAUGACUGGGAGACUCCUGUGAAGUAUUGACUGGGAGACUCCUGUGAAUUAUUGACUGGGAGACUCCUGUGAAUAAAUUGACUGGGAGACUCAUGUGAAGUAUUGACUGGGAGACUCCUGUGAAGUAUUGACUGGGAGACUCCUGUGAAGUAUUGGCUGGGAGACUCCUGUGAAGUAUUGGCUGGGAGACUCCUGUGAAGUAUUGACUGGGAGACUCCUACGAAGUAUUGGAUGGGAGACUCCUGUGAAUUAUUGACUGGGAGACUCCUGUGAAUAAAUUGACUGGGAGACUCAUGUGAAGUAUUGACUGGGAGACUCCUGUGAAGUAUUGACUGGGAGACUCCUGUGAAGUAUUGGCUGGGAGACUCCUGUGAAGUAUUGGCUGGGAGACUCCUGUGAAGUAUUGACUGGGAGACUCCUACGAAGUAUUGGCUGGGAGACUCCUGUGAAGUAUUGACUAGGAGACUCCUGUGAAGUAUUGACUAGGAGACUCCUGUGAAGUAUUGACUGGGAGACUCCUGUGAAGUAUUGACUGGGAGACUCCUGUGAAGUAUUGACUUGGAGACUCCUGUGAAGUAUUGGCUGGGAGACUCAUGUGAAGUAUUGACUAGGAGACUCCUGUGAAGUAUUGCCUGGGAGACUCCUGUGAAGUAUUGGCUGGGAGACUCCUGUGAAGUAUUGACUAGGAGACUCCUGUGAAGUAUUGACUGGGAGACUCCUGUGAAGUAUUGACUAGGAGACUCCUGUGAAGUAUUGGCUGGGAGACUCCUGUGAAGUAUUGACUGGGAGACUCCUGUGAAGUAUUGACUGGGAGACUCCUGUGAAGUAAUGGCUGGGGGACUCCUGUGAAGUAUUGGCUGGGAGACUCCUGUGAAGUAUUGACUAGGA